AUGGCGGAUGGUCAUGAAACUGAUAAGAACAUUGAGAUAUGGAAAAUCAAGAAGCUCAUUAAGUCAUUGGAAGCUGCUCGAGGCAAUGGUACCAGUAUGAUUUCCCUUAUCAUGCCUCCACGCGAUCAAAUAUCUCGUGUUGCAAAGAUGCUUGGAGAUGAAUAUGGGACUGCAUCUAACAUCAAAAGCAGAGUGAAUCGUCAAUCUGUUUUAGGUGCAAUUACAUCUGCUCAGCAGAGACUGAAAUUGUACAACAAGGUUCCUCCAAAUGGGCUUGUGUUUUACAUUGGAACCAUUAUAACUGAAGAUGGGAAGGAAAAGAAAGUCACGAUUGACUUCGAACCCUUCAAGCCCAUAAAUGCAUCCCUCUAUCUCUGUGACAACAAGUUCCACACUGAAGCAUUGAAUGAACUUUUAGAAUCUGACGACAAGUUUGGUUUUAUUGUUAUGGAUGGAAAUGGGACCCUAUUUGGGACAUUGAGUGGCAACACAAGGGAGGUUCUUCACAAAUUCUCUGUAGACCUUCCUAAGAAACAUGGAAGAGGAGGGCAGUCGGCUUUGCGGUUUGCACGUCUGCGAAUGGAAAAGCGCCACAACUAUGUGAGGAAGACCGCAGAACUUGCGACUCAGUAUUACAUCAAUCCUGCCACCAGCCAGCCCAAUGUGUCAGGACUCAUACUUGCUGGAUCAGCUGAUUUCAAGACUGAGCUCAGUCAGUCUGAUAUGUUUGAUCCUCGUCUUCAGGCAAAGAUUUUGAAUGUAGUGGAUGUUUCAUAUGGAGGGGAAAAUGGCUUCAACCAGGCAAUUGAACUGUCUUCUGAGAUCUUAUCCAAUGUCAAAUUUAUACAAGAGAAGCGCUUAAUAGGCAAGUACUUUGAAGAGAUCAGCCAGGAUACAGGCAAGUACGUUUUUGGUGUUGAUGACACGUUGAAAGUUCUGGAAAUGGGCGCUGUUGAAACGCUCAUUGUGUGGGAAAAUCUGGAUACAGUUAGGUAUGAGCUAAAGAAUAGCUCUACUGGUGAAACUAUCAUUAAACACUUGAACAAGGAACAGGAGGCUGAUCAGAGUAAUUUCCGGGAUCUGGACACAAAUGCAGAAUUGGAGGUUCAGGAUAAGAAGCCAUUGCUUGAGUGGUUUGCUGAGGAGUACAGACAGUUUGGUUGUACCCUCGAGUUUAUCACCAACAAAUCACAAGAGGGAUCUCAGUUUUGCAGAGGUUUUGGAGGAAUUGGAGGAAUCCUCCGUUACCAGGUGGAUGUUCGAGCUUUUGACGAUCUUUCUGAUGAUGGAGAGGGUUAUGACGAUUCUGAAUAG